AGCGGCAAUUGUAAAAUGGGGGAUCGGGGCGCGACGGGGGGCGCUUGGGGUGCGCGCGAUGAGGCCUCGUGGUGGCCUGGAAGCGCAGGGGAUCUACAGCAGCAGCAACAACAGCAACAACAACAAAUAAAUGAGGAAAUUGCACGAAGCACAGCUGCUGCAACGCAUCAGUUAUAUACAUAUAAAAUGACUGGAGGUUUUUCAAAUAAUGGCGGUGAUAACUCUACAUCUAGUUAUGAUUACCGCCUUGUAUCUGGCUCUAAUAACAGAGAAGAAUCUCCUCAACAGUCUUGGUGGUAUGCAUCAGGAUCAGUUGAUUCUCACCAACAGGCGUCUUCUCCGGCGUCCCAGAACCAGUCAAGUCCAGAUCCGGAGCAAAGCGCACAGCAGGCAAAUGGUAUUCAGAACCAUCAGUCCUUGCAGUCGCAGUCGCAGGAGCAGGCCAUACAACAGCAGGGGCAGAUACAGCAGCUCAUCCAACUGAACUUGAGGAAGGAGUUGCAGCAAGCACAGACUUUGCAGCAAACCUUGCAACAGCAGCAGCAGCAAAAUCAACAACAGACAUUGCAGCAGAUGCUGCAACAACAACAACAACAACAACAACAACAGCAGCAGCAGCAACAACAACAGCAGCAGCAGCAACAACAGCAGCAACAGCUGCAACAAAGUUUACAGCAGACAUUGAGCCAAGCUCAAGCACAGGCCCUUGUACAAGCGCAAGCUGUGUUGCAGCAACAAGUUGCCCAGUCGUUGCAGCAACAGCAGCAAACACUGCAGGAUCACUUGCAGGCUGUACAGCAACAACAAAUACAGGCUGCAUUGCAACAGCAAUCUGCAACACUACAAGAGCUGCAGCAGCAAGCCCAGCAGCAACAGCAGGCGUUAAUAGCGCAGUCGGCGAACAAGACCGCCGCUAAGAUGCCGCGCGCACGCGCCUACAACAAGCCGCGCGGACGCAUGACCGCGUACGCCUUCUUCGUGCAAACCUGCCGCGAGGAACACAAGAAGAAACACCCUGAUGAGAAUGUUGUGUUCGCUGCCUUCUCGAAGAAGUGUGCGGAGCGAUGGAAUACGAUGUCAGAAAAGGAGAAGCAGAGGUUCCACGAGAUGGCAGAGGGGGACAAGAAGCGGUACGACCUGGAGAUGCAGAGCUACGUGCCGCCGAAGGACGUGAAGAUCGGCCGCGGGCGCCGCCGCCAGCAGUACAAGGACCCCAACGCGCCGAAGCGUUCGCUGUCGGCGUUCUUCUGGUUCUGCAACGACGAGCGCUCGAAGGUGAAGGCGAACAACCCCGAGUACUCGAUGGGCGACAUCGCCAAGGAGCUGGGCCGGCGCUGGGCCGCCGCCGUACCGGAGACCAAGUCCAAGUACGAGGCGCUCUCCGAGCAGGACAAGGCGAGAUAUGACAGGGAGAUGACGGCGUACAAAAAGGGGCCACUAGGCUUAGUCCAGGCGCCCCAGCAGGAGGUAGAGGACGUCGGCGACUUCGAGGCCGACGAGGAGUACAAGUGAAGUGUUAGUGACUAGAUGUAUCGUACCGAACUGUUCCUUUGCGUAUGGUACUGUCGGCCCGGCGCGCUCGCAGCGCAGAACUUUACAAUUCAUAUCAUUUCCUCGAGAUGCCGUGUCUAUUCAUCUAUCCUCCUAAAACCCACCAUUUAUAAGUUUUCGAAUUUUUAAUUUGAACCUUGUUCAAUAAGUAAAUUAGAACGAAUUUUGUUUGUUUUUAAAUCCAAUUAAACAAAAGAAAUGCUACUUUAUUUGGUUCAUGAAAGGUUUAAAUUAGAUUGCACGAAUAUGUACAUUGUAAUGUACAUUUAGGGCCAGUUGCACCAACCACAUUUAACCGACUGAUCAACGUCAGCCGGCGCGCCCCGGCGCUUUACUAUGACACUUUCCAUACAUAAAAUUUUAGCGAACUCUUUAACGAUACGAACAGUUUGGUGCAACCGACCCUAAGGGCCAGUUGCACCAACCACAUUUGACAGACUGAUCAACGUCAGCCGGCGCGCCCCGGCGCCUUACUAUGAAACUUUCCAUACAUCAAAAAUUAGCGAACUCUUUAACGGUACGAACAGUUUGGUGCAACUGACCCUUAGUCUCAGGAGGUUAAAUUAUUUACUAUACUUUUUUAUACUAGGAUCGUACAUUUUUUCUUUCACAGUUACAUGGAAGUACUACUUUCGUUGAUGGCUAGUAUAAUCGUAAUCAUAAUAGGAGGGUUCCUAAAACAAUAAUAAAAAUUACCUAUGGUUAAAAAUUAACACAACAUUUUCGUUUGUGUGACUUUUAUAACCUGAAUAAAACAGGUUUUAGUAAAAAUAUUUACAUAGGUAUCAGAUUAAUUGGACCAUGGUUGUUAUUCUGGAUUAUUUUUAGGAAGUUUUACGGUACUUAGUUGUCUUAACUAAUCUGCUUUUGUUACUGUACUCAUAUCGUUUGAAUGCUGAUGCUGGACACAUGUCAUCUUUACCCCUCAUUUACAACCAUUUGGCGAAACGAAAGUCAUUGUAAAAGUUCUGUGUUGUGGCAACUUGCGAGCGAACGCUCAGGGCUUUAUUAUUUGAUUUUGGCAGAAUACUCGUGUGGUACCUGUCUGGUUACAGGAUGCCAGUAUUAAUUCACCAUUAGGCUAAUACUAAAUGCUAUGCGUCCAGGUUAGUUAAGUUCAUUGAAAUCGGAGCAUAAAUUGAAAUAGCCAUCACGGUGUAAAGUUUGGUAAAAGGUGAGACGUCAAAACAUAUAGUGCUCAAAACUUUUUCUUUCAUCACAUUAGGCCUUUUCCUGACAUAGCAGUAAGGAAUCGAACCUACAGGUCAGGCUAGCGCCUUACGUUCUCUCCACCUGGUUAUAAAAUAUUCCUUAAGAUUGUGGGGUUAUAUUUUUAAAUGUUACAUCGAUUUCGGAUAACUGCUAAAUAAGAAUUACAUACCUCAGUUAUGUGGUAGACCUAGCCUGGUCACAGUAUUUGGCCAGAUAACCUAAAAUGUCAGCCAAUUACCGGAUAAAUAUGUCCACGGAGUUGAGACGGUGGAUGACAUAUGAGCCUCUUACUUACCUGGAUGUAUAGUUCAUAUGAAUGGUUUUAUACUUCCAAAGUUGACCCAGUUUGCCUUCAAACUUUUAUACAUUAUUCGAAUAUUUUUAUACAAACACAUGUCACUGUGGUUAUGGUCAUAAAUCAACAUUGAUUUCUAAGUUUCUUAUAAUGAUUUAUUUUAUAUCUAACUCCCACUUUCUGGUACAGUCAAGGUCUACACUAUGUCGGUACCUUGCACAUAGGGUAAAAAUUAUCUAAACUCCCAUACGACAAUAAAGUUCGUGUAUAUAUUUUUGUCCCUUUGUACGUAUUGGUACUUUUCUGUACUAACUUUGAAGUUUCAUUGAAAUGAUUAGCAAUAUUACUAUUAAUAGCUUACUCAGUGGCGGAUUUGCAGUUUUUGCCGCCCUAGGCCCCAGGCCCUGUAGCCGCCCCUUUCUCAACACCCAUCAUAAUUUACUAGAUUAUGAGUUAUUUCUUGUUAUCAUCACCGAAUUUUUUGUCACAAUUUCUCGCCCCUAAUAUCUUGCUGCCUUAGGCCCGGGCCUACUUGGCCUUAGGGCAAAUCCGCCACUGAGCUUACUUGAGAUAACUACUUUAUUAAUGAUCAUGACCACAUUUUAGAGAAGGUCAUUGUUGUGUAGAGAAUACAAACCAAUUAAGUUAAUUUGAAAGGUUAGUUGGAAAAUAGUACCACGUAAGAAAUUGUUUGAUCUGUUGGAAAAAUCUACAAAAAUCUCAAUCGUUUUUUAUAGUGAUUAAAUGGUUAUAAUACGUUGUGUUUCCGUGAUAUUACUGUCUCUUAUAAAACAUGUCCUGAGAGGUUUGGUUUAUUCAUAUGGGUGAAUGAAAUAAUUACCUAUCACCGGUAAAUCGAUUUUAUCAACGUCAUUUUAAUGUCAAGAGCAGUUAUUGCACCUUAUUGUCUUACUGAAGCAAAAUUUCCUGCGUUCAAAUCUACCAGUUCCCCAAAGGCCAGGAGGCCAAUUCGAACGUUCAUUUUGGUAUCUAAAUGAUGUACUUUUGUUAUCAUUCGCGCGAGCAUUUCGCACUUGUCAACACGCGAUGAUGUCGAAAUGUAAGUUUGAAUUAUACUUAACGCAAUACCAACUGGCGACUGAGCUCAUAAUGAUAUCUCCUUUGCCCUUGUUGAGAUUAACCAAGAGUGUAAGAGAUGGCAUAAUGACCUGACUCGCCACUAGUUUUGCGGCAAGUAUAGCCUCUAGGAUGAUAUAUGUUUCUGCGUAUCUAUAUUUCAUUGUUAACAUAUAGUUUUUCGCCGACAUUGCCGGAAUUACGUUCAAUAAUAAUCUUGUUCUUGGUAUUUUGUAUUUAGCAUGGUCUAAUAAAACAUGGUCUUCUAUUCCUAGAGUGACACAGGCCUACGUCACAAUAACAUGGCCGCUAUAUAUAGCGCUAUCGCAUAUUAUCAUAUAGCGCUGUCGCAUGAUGACGUAGGCUUGUGUCAGUUAGGUGACCUAGAAAAGACGGGAAUAGAGUACCAGGCGGAGUAUAUUAUUAUACCAUGGUAUUUAGUUAAUUUGUCACCUAGUGCCAUUACUGUAUUUGAUGAUUAUAACAUUUUGUGUUUAGAAUUUGAUAUAGUAAACUAAAAGCAUUUUUUGUUAUACAUAUAAAUUAGAAUAGUACAUAACAACGAAUAUAAAAGUUUUUUUUAAGUUUCCAGUAUUAGAUUUAGCAAACAUAACGCGGAAACACAAACUGUAACAAACGUAAGUCUACAUACUGUAGUUGAUUCUGCAAACUUGUCCUGUCGCUUAUUUUACCGCAACAUGGGUUUGCUAAAUGUUUGCUUUGUUACACCUGUUUGUAUUCUAUUUCUUGUCAGAUUUAGGAUUGUAAAAGUAAGAAGAUUUUGAGAAUGAAACCCCAUCACUUUUUUAAAGUACCGAUACCAGUGCGUUGUUAUUUAGAACCUUUAGUGUCAAUCAGUUAUUUCGAGUUAUGAGCCCUUCCCAUUGUUUUUGAUGAGUUGAUUGUUGAUUUUAUGUUAACGUUUAAUUAAAGGUCAAAUUGGAAGGUGUGGCCUUAUAUUUGCGAGCGUCAAGGCAGUUCUUUAUUGUAUAGCCAGGAACAAAUGUUUAAAUUAAGUAAAAAAUUAAUUACCUUUGUAAGUUGAUAGCCGUUAUCGUAUCGGGACGCGGGUGACUGCGGACAUGUGUGAGAAUACAAUGUAAAUAAUUAAAUUAUAUUCCUUUAUUAUACACUUAGAUAUAUUAUUUCUACUAGAACCUGACAUUCUGGAGAGUGAAACGGAUAAUUAUUUUAUGUUCACAAAUUUGUUCCAAGUAUUAAAAUUGUGAAAAUAGAGACUGUGUACCGUGAUAGUACUUAAUUUAUAUUGUUGAAGUCUCUCGAGUAACGCUAGAUCGUCCUGUUUUCGCUUGUGUACCAGAUUAGUCCCAAUAUGAACACUGUGAACGUAUUGUUUUAAAAAUAUACUUUGUUGGAAAAUUCCUGGUUCUAUUGAUGAUGUAUCUAUUGUGAGAUAUCAAUCUCACUACGUAUAAAUUUGAAAUCUUCAAUAGAUAACAUUUGGAUGGAGCAUGGAAUUGGACUCCAGAGAGAGUAACAGUGGGAGGUAAGUGCAGAAAUGUAUAGAGCAGUAUGCUGUUUCAGGCGACGCCGCUUUUGGCACGAUUGUGCCUUGGAUCAUAGGGAUUCCUUUAUUAAAUUAUUAACUAAUUCAGAGAUGAUUUUCUCGUCCCUAAUUUAUACGAAAAUGAUACCCAACUUGACCUGAUAGCUAUAGGUAAGUAAAAACUGACCGCGAUGGACCGCUUCGGCCGCCUUCCCCCCCUCCCUUUUUGAGGUGUAGCCAAGAGUUUAUCUCGCGGCUAGGUCAUUAGAUCAGCUUGGUACGAUCCAAGGAGCAGUCGUGCCAACCGGCACCGCCUGAGACAAAACCGCAUACUCAAUUACUCACUGCACUUAUUUUCCCUACUAUUUAAGCAAUUCCAGAGACUAACUAUUUGUAAGAGUCCUGUGUGUAAACCCGUGGGCGAUAUUGUUUUGAAUAUCGUACAAUGUACAAAACAAUAUAGUUUAACUUUUACACGA